AUGGCGCGGGUCUAUGCAGAUGUCAACCAGCAGAUGCCGCGCGCAUACUGGGACUACGACAGCGUCAACAUCAGCUGGGGCGUGCUGGAGAACUACGAAGUUGUGCGCAAGAUAGGCCGCGGAAAGUACAGUGAAGUGUUCGAGGGCAUCAAUGUGGUCAAUUACCAGAAAUGCGUCAUCAAAGUCCUGAAGCCGGUUAAGAAGAAGAAGAUAAAGCGAGAGAUCAAGAUCCUGCAGAACCUCAGCGGUGGUCCGAACAUCGUUGCCUUGCUGGACGUUGUGAGAGACAGCCAGAGUAAGACACCGAGCCUGAUCUUCGAGCACAUCAACAACACCGACUUCAGGACACUCUACCCUAAGUUCCAGGACAAAGAUGUGCGUUUCUACAUCUACGAACUCCUCAAAGCGCUCGACUUCUGCCAUUCGAAAGGCAUAAUGCAUCGAGACGUCAAGCCGCACAAUGUGAUGAUUGAUCACGACGCGAAGAAGCUGAGGCUGAUCGACUGGGGCCUGGCGGAGUUCUACCACAACGGGACGGAGUACAACGUGCGGGUGGCCAGCCGGUACUUCAAAGGUCCGGAGCUGCUCGUCGACUUCCAGGAGUACGACUACAGUCUUGACAUGUGGAGUCUCGGUGCGAUGUUUGCCAGUAUGAUCUUUAGGAAAGAACCAUUCUUCCACGGCAACAGCAACAGCGACCAGCUUGUUAAGAUUGCGAAGGUGUUGGGGACGGAGGAUCUGUUCGACUACCUCGACAAAUAUGACAUCGAGCUGGACGCACAGUACGACGACAUUCUUGGCCGAUUUCCGAAGAAGAACUGGAGCGCUUUCGUCAAUGCGGAGAAUCAGCGCUUCGUUAGUAACGAUGCCCUCGAUUUCCUUGAUAAGCUUUUGCGUUACGAUCACCAGGAGCGUUUGACGGCCAGGGAAGCGAUGGCACACCCCUAUUUCGAAGAGGUGCGGAAUGACGAGAUGAACGAGUUGCAGAAUGCGGCAAACAACGCACACCAAUGA